UGCAGCUAUUUUAUCGUGAGAUCGAUGCCAUGGAAGAACAGCCAGAUCAGACCGAGCCGGCUGCCGCCCGGCAGGCCCAAACGCAGGUCAUGGUCAACCGGACCUACCCCGUACCUCCAUACUAUUACAAGGCGUUCACGGAUGCCGCUUGGAAAGCACACAAAGCCCAGCAAAAACAAGCUGCCGACCAGGAGCGAGGCCAAAUUUGGGAGAGCAGUGGAGCCGCUUCGAGGGCUGAGGGCGUCGAUGGCAAGUCCGUAGAGGAGGAGGAGCAGCCAUGGAAUCCUUUCGCUUCAGGGAACCAGGACGAUCUCUCCAGCCGAACUCGGGUCCUCUUUGAGCCACCCAGGGUGGACUGGAUGAUCGAGAGUGGUUAUUGGGAAGCUUUCGGAACUUCACACGCACUAGAUAUUCAACCUGCAAGCGAACAUCAGAUGAACCUCCCUCCAUUCCGACCCACGGACGUCGAACUGACGGAUCGACAAUACCUACACCUCCUCCUCAGGUCGCUUUUACAUACCAAACUCAAGCUGAUCGAAGCUCUUACCAAAACACUUCGGCCGGCCGACCAAUUCGCCGCAGAUACAGAAGAGUUCUGGAGAGAUACCGGCAAUAGAUGGAUGUCCGAAGGCGAGCCUUACGCCCGGCACAUGCAUUCCUUAGGACUCGCCAUGAUCCUGGUGACAAACAGUCUUCGUGACGCUCAAGCUCGAUUGACCAUGGAGUUGAUGCUCAAAGCCCAGAUCGAACGCCGAAGAGAACAGACGGUCGAGAUGAAAAGGAAAUGCGCGGAUCUCAAUCGGAGGCUGCAAGACCUGAGGUCGAUCAAGUCAACGGCAACGCAGCCAUCAUCGAUCAGCGACCCGCCAGAUGUGGAUAUGGACCACAAGAAUGAGUUGCGACAUUAGAGAACAGCAGCCAGAUACAUAACGACACCUGAUGAAUAACAUAACG